GCUCGACAGCCGUUCAGUCCCCAACGCCCGUAGACAGCGAGCGUAGGAGAAAGAGGCAAAAGAGUAGUUUUACCGAACGCCGAACUCACCGAGCGUGGAUACAGGAGGCAGAGCGCGUCACUCAGCCAUUGCGCGCUGCUUGUGUUUAGUACAACAUCGGUGGGUGACCGCAGAUCUCGAGUGUGAUCGACAGAAGACAGCAAGCAGUGGGAGAGAGAGAUAAAAACAAGUGUGAGGAAAAAAAGCACGUGAGUUUGGAUUAGUAAAUCGGAUGUACAAAUUAACUAACGUGGAAAUAAAGUGAUCAAUUACAAGACAUUUUGGGAACUCUCGUGAUAACUGAAGCCACCAGUGACGAGCCGGAACUCGUAGUGUGUGCAUCUUCGUGAGUGUACAACAUUUUUUGUGGAUUAUACUCGAAUUUUUUAAAGUCAAAACAAAAAAUCGGCAGCCAUGUUUGAUGUUUUUGGCUCAGUUCGGGGCUUGCUCAAGCUCGAUGCUGUGUGCAUUGAUAAUAAUGUAUUUCGAUUACAUUAUAAAGCUACUGUGAUUAUCCUGAUAGCCUUCUCGCUUCUAGUUACAUCUAGACAGUACAUUGGAGAUCCCAUCGACUGUAUUGUCGAUGAAAUACCUCUCAAUGUAAUGGACACUUACUGCUGGAUUUACUCUACUUUUACGAUUCCUGAUCGUGUUGGCCGGAUCGGUCAAGACGUGGUGCAACCUGGCGUCGCAUCUCACGUCGAGGGGGCUGAUGAGGUUAAGUACCAUAAGUACUACCAGUGGGUGUGCUUUACACUAUUCUUCCAAGCCAUACUCUUCUACAUUCCACGAUAUCUCUGGAAGACUUGGGAAGGUGGUAGAAUCAAGAUGCUUAUGCUUGAUCUCAAUGGACCUGUUGUCACUGAUCCUAACAAGGUCGAACGUAGCAAACUACUUGUUGAAUAUUUUCGAUCAAAUUUAUAUUCUCAAAAUUUCUACGCCUAUCGAUUCUUCUUUUGUGAAGUGCUCAACUUUAUCAACGUCGUGGGACAAAUUUACUUCAUGGACUUCUUCCUGGACGGCGAAUUUUCAACAUAUGGAGCAGAUGUAGUCCGAUUCACUGAAAUGGAACCUGAAGAAAGAAACGAUCCAAUGUCUAGAGUUUUUCCAAAAGUUACAAAGUGCACCUUCCACAAAUAUGGUGCUUCCGGUUCAGUACAAAAGUUUGAUGGUCUGUGUGUACUUCCGUUGAAUAUUGUAAACGAAAAAAUCUACGUAUUCCUUUGGUUCUGGUUCAUCAUUCUUUCAAUCCUCAGUGGAUUAAGUUUGCUCUACCGCGCCGCCGUUGUUGCUGGACCGAAACUACGUCUGAUCCUUCUUCGUGCACGCUCUCGUCUUUCACCACAAAGUCAAGUACAAGUUAUUGCACAGAAGUUCCAAAUUGGCGACUGGUUCGUCCUUUAUCAACUUGGCAAAAACAUCGAUCCACUUGUCUACAAGCAGUUAGUCCAUGAUUUAGCAUUGAGAUUAGAGGGGAAAGAAAACGUCUAACCUAAACCUGUAUCUGAUGGAGAAAAAGAGAAGAUACUCUCUCGUUCUCUGAUGUCGCAGAAAGAUAAAAAAUUAACGAAGGAUAUUUAUAAAAAGUUAGCGAACCAAUCGAGAUUUAUUUCCACUUGGUGGCUGAGAUAACCCUUGAGCUGUCGGUGUUUUUUUUUCUUUCUUGUUUGAGUCACAUAUCUUCUUUUACUCCGACUAGACACCAUACGAAUAGAAGCUCGUAUUGCAAUUACACUUUAUCCAAUGUGUGCAUCAAAAUUGUCGAUACUCAAUCCAACAUCAAACACUCAAGUUACAUUUUACAGCUCGAUAAACGAACUAAAUCCAUUCUUUUCUAAUUGGAGUCAGUUCUCCGUAAUCUACGACCCAAUUUAAUUUUCUUUUUUUUUUUUUAAUAAUAAUUAUCUCUUCAGUACUUUUCAUAAUAGAAAUCAUAAUUUUCCAUACGUACAUACUUGAAAGAUUAUAUCAGUACAGCUUGACAAUUUCUGAUAAAUAAUUAUCUGGGUCGUGGGACGACGAAAGCUUUGGUAGACUCUAAUUGUGAUAAACGGCGGACGGCGUCUAUUUUUUUUUCUAGAUUCUUUUUUUUUAAUAAUAUUACUCCUUUCAAUGUAUUUCAAUCAAUCUCUUACACGUUGCAUCAUCAACCACCACCACCACUACUACUACUGCCUCUACUACUACAAUUACUACUACUAUCACUACGCCAUUACUACAAGAAAGGAAAUAACUAACCUUUGUAUGAAGUACUUUAAAGACUAUCAAAAAUCUCAUUCUCUAUAUUUUCUUUAUCUCAACGUUGCUUCAUGACAAUUAAAAUAAAUAAAAUAAUCAAAAUUCUGUGACAAGUUGAAAUGUAUUUUUGUUAAUAAACUACAAUUCGUUUAUUGAGAUUUAGUCAUGUGAGACUUGUGGAUAAGGAACAAUAGAGAAAGUUCAAGGGUAUAGACAGGAGACAAUGAGAAUCAUUUCACAAAACAUCAAUGGCUUUGUUAGACAGACCUGAGGGUUUAGUCAGGCAUUGGCCAAAAAAUCAAUGAAAAGAAAAUAGAAAAUGUGAAAACGCACAAAAUAACUAACCGACGCCGUCCUCCCAAUAGCAUUACUUCCAUAUUCUUUACCUACUAUUUCUUUGUUCGCUAUCACACGUAGCUGUAGUAACUUUUUCCUAGGGUAUAGAAGAUAGAAAGCUAUAUAUUAUUAUUAAUUAUUAUACAAGAAUUUUUGUAGAUAUAAUACAUUUUUUAAAUGAAAAAUUGUAUCCAUUCCAGGAUGGAUGAGGCAAAUGUGCAUUAGCACUAAGUAUUUUUGAUAUUUUUUAAGGUGUUAUAAUGCCUAUUGUAUGCCUCGUAUUAAUAUGAUACUGCCGUUCACGUCCUAAACGUUGACUCAGUUGACAAUUCUUCCGGGUCACUAGAAAUUAUUAAUGUGAAUUAUUGAAAGAAUUGCAACAGACUCUCGUUAAUUAUCGGUAGCCGAUGCCUUUUUAUUCAUUAAAAAAAAAAAGUGUCAUUGAUAAAUUUAAUUGGAUGAAUAAUUGUCGGCCGUUAAUUUACUAUAAAUAUAUAUAUUUGUAAGCUACAAUCUAUGCCAGACAAUUAUCUGAAGAUCGAAAAAACAUUAAGACUUAGUAAGAAAAGACAAUAAUAUUAGCGGCAAUCAAUGUCGAGAUAAUGUUAAUCUUUUUUUUUUCUUUCUUUUUUUUCACUUUAUUACAUUUUAUUUCUUUCAUUAACUGUAUCUUUACUGAUCAUUAGAAUUGAAUGAGCAAAAUUUAAAAUCUUCGCUCAAAAUAAGACUGCCAGUAGAUCAUUGUUUGUAUCUCAAGUAUUUUCAUUCCAUUUUUUAAUUGUUCGUUUGUCAAUAAAAAUAAAUUAAAAAAAAAUGUAAAAAUGUUGGUUUUGUAUUAACUAAGAGUUUCUUUUUUUUUUAAAUAAAAGAUUUCCUGUUAAAAGGCCACAAAUGCCAUGAUAAAGAAAAAGAAAACAAAGAGACCUGUUCUGUGGGGAUCAAUAGUAAGCAUAUCAUUCAAAGAUACUAAUUAAAAUGUUAAACAAAAAAGAAAAAAUGCCGUAACUAUUUUCUGAUAACUGUAGUGAUAAGCCGCGAUCAGAUUGCGAGAAUAAAUCCGUUCUCGAGCAAAUCUUAUGUGAUAGAGUCAACGACAAUUGUCUUUUUGUAAUCAUAAUCUUAUAAUAAGAAAGUAGAAUGAUAUAAAAAAUAAAGAAAAAAGUUUAAUUAAAAUAAACAAAAAAAAAGUGUUUUUUUCUAGAUUAUUUAGAUAUAAAUUUUUCCGAAUUAUUAUAUUUUAUGAGCCUAUAAAUUGUAUUAGAGCUUUUACUGUAUUCUUUACAAAUACAAUUUUAUAAAGAUAUCUAUUUGUUUUAAAAUAAACAAUUUGUGCAUGUAUUAAAUUUACAAGUGCCAAUAAUAUUAAUGAAACAAAAAAUUAAUAACUAUUUGAUACCAUAUAAUAAUAAUAAUAAUAAUAAUAAUAAUGUAACUAUUACAUUACAAUUUUUUUAAUAUUUACGAAUGUUAAUAAAGAAAUACGAAUUGUACAGAAAGUGUUUAAGGAGAAAGAAAGUUGGUCAAAAAAUCUAAUAAGAAAUCAAAUAAACAAAAUGCCUGUAA